UACAUUAUGACUGGGGAUUCCCCUAUUCGUCGACGCUGAAUAUGAGGCGACGACAAUCACUGUCAAACGUGUUCACUAUUACUCUGACUCUGGUAACGUGACUUCCUGGUAACGUGUUAGGUAGGAAAAGCAGUAAAAAAGUGCAUAUUAAGGGAGCAGAUUUGAAAUAAUAUUUAUACUUAACAAGAAAUAAUUAAAGGUUCAAUGGGGAGACCUAAAGAUUUACGCAUAUGGGAGCACUACCGUACUUUACCAAACAAGUCUGUUUCUUGCAAGCUUUGUAAUAAGGUCUACAAAUUCAGUAAUGCUGCCAAAAUGCUUCAACAUCUUAUCACUUGUCCAAAAUCUCCAGAAACAUUAAAAGACUCUAUGAAACUUAUAAAAGAUAGCUCGUCCAAAACCAAAAUGUCUGGACUGUCAGAGAUAGAGACAAAUGAUUCUUUUAUAAGCCCCUCGUCGUCUGCUAACACUACAAUAAAUGCUGAGUUUCAAGACACCGAUGAUCAUAUAAAAACAGAAUUAGCGAGAGCUAUAUUUGUAACAGGGACGCCAUUAUCGAUGGUGCAACAUCCUUUAUGGAUACAAUUUUUCGAAAAAUUGCAACCAAAAUUUAAAAUACCUUCACGUAAAGCUUUAGCGACAAAAUACUUAGAUAAAAUAUAUAGAGAAAUGCGUUUUGAGUUAAAUGAGGAACUAAAUGCUUGUAGUUACUUACACCUUCAGUGCGAUGGCUGGUCUAAUUUAAGAAAUGAAGGAAUAAUAAACUUUCUUAUAUCAAAAUCUCAACCUGCAUACGUUAAAAGUUUGAAUACAGAAAGUAAUCCUCACACUAGUGAAUACCUUAGCCAAGAAGUUGAAAAAGUAAUGAAAGUGUAUGGAGCAAAUAAGUUUCUUGUACUUAUUGGCGAUAACGCUAGAAAUAUACAAAAGGCAUUCGAAUUAACAAAACUCAAAUAUCCACAUGUUGUUCCUCUCGGUUGCUGUGCACAUAUCCUUAACUUGUUGUGCCAAGAUAUUGUAAAGAUACAAGAAGUAACUGUGUUUAUUAUACAAGCCAUAAAUAUAAUAAAAACUGUUAAAAGGAGUCAACGAUUAAGUUCCUUGUUGAUAAAAUCAAGGCAGGGUGAAGAUUCUACACAAACACUAAAAUUGCCUUGUGCUACAAGAUGGGGAAGUCAUGUUACUUCGUUAAAAAGUUUGAAAGCAAAUAAGAUAGCUUUGCAAAUAUUAACAGUUAGAGAAGAUGUGGUAAUUUCAAGAGAUAUUAAAGAUUUAAUUCUAAGUGAUGAUUUCUGGACGAAGACAGGGGAAUGUAUAAGUAUUUUGGAACCAGUCACUGAAAGCAUAUUUUACUUAGAGAGCGACCAGAAUCGUUUGCAUCGCACAUACAUUACAUUUAGAGAUGUACAAGCUAAGAUACGUUUUGCAUUAAAUGAGAUUUCGACAUUGAGCGAAGAAAGCAAACAGCAGAUUCUAACAUCAGUAUCUUCAAGAUGCAAUAUGGCAAUGAGGCCAAUACAUUUUGCAGCAUAUAUUCUAGACCCCAGGACUCUAGGAGUCGAACUUACUCAAGAGGAAGAACUUAAGGGUAUGGAGUUUAUCUACAAUUUAAGCCAACACUUAAGUUUGUCAAAUGUAAUGGCAGAUUUGGCGUGUUAUAAAGCUAAAGAAAACUUUUGGGCCAGAGGAUUUGUAUGGAGCUCAUUAGAUAGCAUUGAGCCCCUAAUAUGGUGGAAAGGUAUUUGUGGUUCCACUGAGUUAAGCAAAGUAGCGAUUCGUAUUCUAUCAGCUCCCGGUACUUCGGCAGCCACUGAGCGUUCCUUUAGUAUCCAAGGCUACAUACAUAAUAACAAAAGAAAUCGACUUACACUGAAAGAACUGAAAAAAUUUCAUUCAUUUGUUAUAACUGGAAUCUUAAACAUAAAGCUGAAUGCGAGGACAUUCAGUUUAAUGAAGAAAAUACCUUAGAAGCUUUCAUUGAGCAAGUAAAUGAACAUAACAGUUUAGACGAAAUAGAGCCUAUCGAACCUAUACAAUUCAUCGCUUGUAAUAACUCUGAAUCUGACAGUGAUUGACUGUAGUUUUACAUUUUACUUUCAUCUCUUUCUUAAUAAACUCAAAAUCAAAUUAAAAGUUUUUUUUUUCUGUAGGCUGCAUA